AUGAUGAUUAUGAUCCUGCAAUGUUCAAAUAAUGGGGUUGUGGAAUCAGCACGCAUUCGAGCGAUGUUGGUGUUUGGAGAUUCACUGGUUGAUGAUGGCAACAACAACUAUCUCAGCUCCAUUGCCAGAGCCAAUUACUUUCCUUAUGGGAUUGACUUCAUGAAUAUAGGCCAUACUGGGCGAUUCUCUAAUGGCAAAACUGUGGUUGAUAUGCUCGGAGACUUGCUGGGUGUGCCUUAUCCUCCAGCCUUUGCAGAUCCCACCACAAGAGGAAUUAAACUACUUGGGGGAGUGAACUACGCUUCAGCUGCUGCUGGGAUCCUUGAUGAGACAGGCCAACACUAUGGGCAAAGGUAUAGCUUGAGCCAGCAAGUUCUGAAUUUUGAGACAACAUUGGACCAAUUAAGAACAAUGAUGAGUGGCAGGAACCUCAGUGAGUUCCUUGCCAAUUCUCUUGCAGUCUUGGUGUUUGGAAGCAACGACUACAUCAACAACUACCUCAUGCCUUCUCUCUACCCUUCCAGCUACAACUACAGUCCCCCUGACUUUGCCAAUCUUCUCCUCAAUCGCUAUGCCCGACAACUUGUGGCACUUUAUAGUUUAGGACUAAGGAAGUUCUUGCUAGCAGGAAUUGGACCACUUGGUUGCAUCCCCAACCAGAGAGCCUCAGGUCAGGCUCCGCCUGAUAGAUGCGUAGACUACGUCAAUCAGAUCCUCGGCACCUUCAAUGAAGGGCUGAGAUCCCUUGUCGACCAACUAAACAGAAACCCAGGCGCAAUAUUUGUUUAUGGAAAUACUUAUGCUGUAGUUGGUGACAUCCUCAAUAACCCUGCCAACUUUGGGUUUAGUGUUGUGGACAGGGCUUGCUGUGGAAUUGGGAGAAACCAAGGCCAAAUAACAUGUCUUCCAUAUGAAAUUCCAUGUUCAAACAGAAACCAGUACGUCUUUUGGGACGCCUUCCAUCCAACACAAGCUGUCAAUGCCAUUCUUGCCCAGCGGGCCUUUUAUGGAUCAACCAGGGAUUGUUACCCAAUUAAUGUACAACAAAUGACUCUCUUCUCUUGA